GUUUGAAGAGUCUUGAAAUUGAUGAGUCUUUAAAAACUCAGCCAAACCACCCACUCGUUUUACAUGGUAACUCCUAGACGAUGCUAAUCUCAGUUUAAAAAGAAUUGGUCUCCUGGGAUUCGUGGUUAUUCUUAUCUUUCUCCCAUCUAUCUUUCUAUCCAUCUUCACAUCGCAGUCUAAUACGUAACUCGACAUAUCAUGGCGUUUACAUUACACUCACAUUCUGGCGAGUUCUGCCCUGGCCAUGCCAAAGACCAACUCGAAGAUAUCGUCAAACAUGCUAUUUCUGUUGGCUACAAGACCAUUGGAUUCACAGAGCACAUGCCUCGCUACGAUCUACGUGAUCUCUACCCCGAAGAGCUCGAUAACCCUCAAGCUGCUCUAGAAGCUCUCCCUCCUCGUCAUGAAGCAUACCUUGCAGAAGCUCAGCGUCUUCAGCGCGAGUAUGCCUCACAGAUUCAUAUCCUCAUUGGCUUCGAGGCUGAGUUUAUCCGUCCAAACUGCGCAGCUCACGUUCGCAAACUCGCUGAGCAUCCCAUCAUUGAUUACUUCAUCGGCUCAGUGCAUUACGUUCACAGCACUCCCAUUGACUACAACAAGGAGAUGUUUGCCACAGCUCGUGAAGCAAGCAGUCGCAAGACUGAAGAGUCGCUCUAUGAGGAUUACUACGAUCUUCAGUACGACAUGCUCAAGGAGCUGCGACCGCGCGUCGUAGGACACUUUGAUCUCGUGCGGUUGAUGAGCGAGGAUCCAGCCCGAGAUGUUCGGCAGUGGAAGGGCGUUUGGGAACGCAUCCUGCGAAAUCUGGCUCUUGCGAGGGAACAGGAUGGAUGGCUUGAGGUUAACAGCGCGGGAUUGAGAAAGGGACUUGCUGAACCUUAUCCUGGUAGGAUAAUUGCCGAGGAAUGGAUUAAAUUGGGAGGCAAGUUCACUUUUUGCGAUGACAGUCAUGGUAUUGCACAGGUUGCCACCAACUAUGCCCGAACAGUCACUUAUCUCGAGAGUCUGGGCAUCAAGGAGGUUUGGUGUCUCAAGAGAACACCUAACUCUGGCGUGGAUGGGACGAAAAGAGCUACUGUCGAGGAAGUCAGUGUUCCUCUGAGCGUGUUCCGUGAGAAUUUCCCAUAAAAAAUACAUAUGGUAGGGCUGUUGGUUUAGAAUAGAAAGCCAUAACGUCAUAGAUUAAACACGACUAGAAGUAUAGAGCAAGACAACAAGAGGUCUGAUCCAGAAGGAAGAGGAAUAGGGUAUCGCGAAGAAGACUACAUCCAUACAUGACAAGGAUGUGUUGUAAAGCUCUGAUAGAAAAAGAAACACCAUGGCAACAAAAUUUGGGGUAUCAUCUCCCACCUG